AUCAAACCAACAGGACGCCGCACGUCCCCCGCACGCACCCAGCCGAGCCCAGCGAGAGCAGAAACUCCAUUCCCCAUUCCUUCUUCAUCACCCUCCCCCUCCCCUCUCUCCGCCCCCAAAAAAUCUCAACAGCACCUCCCUAAUCGCCUCCUCUCCUCCUUCCGUCCAGGCCAAAAGCCCUUUGCUUUUCGCCUUCCCCUCCCCACCUCCUCCGCGCCGGAGUUCGCCGGCGGUGGUGCCUUUGCCCCCGCCUGCCUUGGGUUUUACGGGGAUUCUUCAGGGGUUUUAGGUAGGCCGCGUCUGGGGCGCAGGCAAAUGCGAGUGGAGUUUUAGGGUGAGUGUUUUCCUUUCCUCGAUGUGGCCCAUGGAGGAGGAGUUUUUCAUGGCGGUGAAGAGGACGGAGCACGUCGAGGUGACGUCCCGUUCGGUGGCGCCGUCGGCCAGGGGGGAGGAGGGGUUUGGUGGCGGCGAGCAGCCCAAGAUGGUGAGGGUCUUCUGCGACGACUUCGACGCCACCGAUUCCUCCAGCGAUGAGGAGGAGGGCGAGCGGCGCCGCGUCAAGCGCUACGUCCAGGAGAUCCGGCUGCAGCCCGCCGUCCAGGUGAAGGUGGAGGAGUCGGCGCCGGUGGCCAAGGCCGCGUCGGCGACGGCGACGACGAGGCCCAGGGUGAUGGUUCCCGUCAGGAAGAGGAAGGCCGAGGCCGGCGGCGAGCGGCGGUUCCGCGGCGUCCGGCGCCGCCCCUGGGGUAAGUACGCCGCGGAGAUCCGCGACCCGUGGCGACGCGUCCGCGUGUGGCUGGGCACCUUCGACACGGCCGAGGAGGCCGCCAAGGUCUACGACUCGGCCGCCAUCAAGCUGCGCGGCCCCGACGCCACCGUCAACUUCCAGCAGUCCGAGGACGGGGAGGACAUGGAGGUCCCCGCCGAGGUCGCCGAACGCCUUCCGCAGCCACCGGCGGGCUCCAAGAACGCGUCCUCCUCGGCCACCUCCUACGACUCGUGCGAGGAGUCCCACGUCGCGGCCGCGUCCCCGACAUCCGUCCUCCGCUCCUUCCCUCAGUCCACCCUGGGCGCCGCCGUCGACGACGACUCCUCCAAGAAGCCGUCGUCGUCUUCCAGCACCGACGAGUCGAGCGGCGUCUUCGGCUGCUCGUUCUCCGGCGACGACUUCGCCGGCGAGCUGGCCCCGCUCUACACUGACUUCGACCUCCUCUCCGACUUCGCGGAGCCGCCGAUGGACUUCCUGUCCAACCUCCCGGAGCCGGCCUUCGCAUUCUCCAGCGACUGCUCGUCGUCGGCCUACAACCCGUGCCCGCCGUCCCCGGCGACGUUGCAGCAGGCAGAUGAGUUCUUCGACGACAUCACCGACUUGUUUCAAAUCGACCCCCUCCCCGUCGUCUAGCUGAACAAGUGUAAAACACCGAAUUAGGCGCCUAAUUCGGUCAAAUUUUGUUUGCAUUCGUUAUUUUUUUCUUUUUCUUUUUUUGAUUUCUAGAGAGAGAAGAGAGAGUAUGAUGUUAUGAUUCGCCUGUGUAGCUGCCUGCCGCCAAACAAUCCCCGGAAGAGGGAAGCCUCGAAGGGGUUUAGAUGAGAGUGAAAGAAUGGGAUGGCUGUUAUUAGUCUCUUUGUUCAUCGCUGGUUUCGUCACCAGCGCCGAAGCCAAGUUAUCAGUAAUUAGCAAUA